CACUCGAAAUUUUUUGUGGAAACGCUCCGCCUAAGAGAGUUACAUCCAUUUUAAACAACUCUGAACAUCUUACGUCGCUCAGAUGGGAAUUCGAUCAGAAGAAAUGGACCUUCCUGCUUUGGGAAGACCCGCCUUCCUGGGUCAACUGUACAACGCUACCUCCGAGCGUCUCAUGAACGAGCAGCUCUUCGCUGAGGAUGUGGUGAAGAGGGUACAAGUUGUUCCCAAUCCAUCAAACAGCCUUAAGUUUAAGGACAUUAAGACCAUCUCGGACCGUGCCAACGCAUUGGAUAUCACAGCCGAGCUUUCGGUCAGUAUCCUGAGCGGCAUGAUCGAUUUGAAGGGUUCCGGCCAAUACCUCGAUACCAGCAAGUCCAAUGUCUCUUCCCGUGAGGUCUCGAUGAUCUGCACCACCCGUAAAAAUUUAAAGAGGUUGGAUUUGAAGGGCAGCGAUAGGAUCACAAUCGACACCUACAACCGGGCAGUCGAGCACCAAGCCACUCACGUUGUCACCGGUAUCAUCUACGGCGGCACCCUAGUUACCAACGUCGUUGAAAAGGCCUCUUCCUCUGAAUCGCAGACCAAAAUUCAUGGCGAGUUCUCGGCUUCCCUUAUGAAGAACAUGGCGUCGAAGUUCUCUGCAGAGGGUAAGGCGUCGGUCGACAGCGACAAAACUUGCAAGGACGUUCUCGAGAGCCGUGAUUUCGACUUUUACGGUGACUACUCCGCCUCUGACCGUCCCAAUGCUAUCACCAUUGGCGAUCUGUUCGAGCUUGCGAAGCAGUGGCCAACAAUUAUUGGCGAUGGUGUUCCCUGCCAGAUCACUGUCACACCCCUGAGUAACUUUGUGGACGGGUCUAUCGAGGCGAAGAUUAUCCAUGAGCUCGAGAGCGACGAGCUAGCUGCCAUCCUCACUGCCUAUGACGAGAUUUACCGUCUUGCCGGGAGAAGGACUCGGAUUCAGGCUGCACUUGAAGCUGGAAACGGGGGUCUCGGCGCGUGCUGCUCAACUUUUGCGGCGGCCUGCAAAAAACGCAAGCUCGUCACCGAUGGUAUUCUCGGACGUUCUCGACAGGCACUUGCGAAAUAUCUCAUUGCUUUCCGCCGAGGUGGAGCCGAAGAAGUUGGAAAAACUACGAUCGAGUUUGUGGAUGCAGCCAAGGUGGGUUUAGACGACCAUUUGAAGGAAUGUCAGCAGGACGAGUCCAUCCUAGGACUGCUGCAGAGUAUUCAGGAUCUUGCUGCUGCCCAUGGCGCCCCGCUAGAAACCCUCAACGGACUUCGUCAUCGUAUGACUCGCGCCAAUCGUGGAACGCUUGGCGUUGUCCUUAUUCCUCCCUCACCCAAUCUCGACGGUGCUAUCAACACGUACGAGGUUCUAGUCGCUAACAUCAAACGCUGGAGAGCAGAUGAAGACAAGAAAGAUACUGAUGAGGAUGGAAAACCCAAGGAGACGGUCUUCAUCUCCUUCUACUGUGACCCUACACUGCUUCCAGAAUUUCGGAACUUGGAAGGGAAAAAAGGCGUAUUGACGAAGGCGCUUGUUGAAUUCGAAAAGAGUCAAAGUCCUCGUUUCAUUCACUACGGUGUGCUACCCACCGGUCUUACCAGCAUACAGAAGCAGAUCGACUGGUCUCUCCUCAACGACGAAGGUUGGGCAUUCAUUCAUAACGACCAGGAAUCUUACGACUACAUCGGCGAAGUUAGUGGUGGAAAGCGACAUGGCAGAGGUACUGCGACAUAUGCUAAUAAAUCGACAUAUUCUGGUGAUUGGUGGCACGGUCGUAGGCAUGGAGAAGGCGAGCUCGUCGAAAAGACGCGAAAACUGACCGGUGUCUUCAUUAAUGAUCAGUAUUGGGCCGACGGUGUUGUCGUCGACAUCACCAUCCUCAGUCACCAUGUCGCUUUCGGAGCGGCGAGGAUUCCGCUGCGCAAAGGAGACGCUGGCACUUCCCAUGUUCGUAUGAUUGGUACUAUGCUUGAAUGGAAGGAGGGCGAAGAGCACAAUCUGGUCGUUGAAGGCAAAGGGGGUCAGAAGUUAGAGAUGAUCACGGUGGGAAAAUUGAUUAGGCAUGACCAGGAUGAGAUGUUCAACAAGAACUGGCCACUUGAGGAAGGUGUUGAGAUCAAAGUGGAGAAAAGGUCUUAAAUUUGAUAAUAUCGUACA